ACUAAAUAUUUAGUAGAAAUGGAAUGGUGGGCUCUGAGGUAUGCAGUGGUGAUCAUAGUGGUGCUGUUUUUAUUCACAACAAAAGGAACCGAAGGCAUAAGGUUUGUGAUAGACACAGAAGAUUGCUUGUCACAUAAUCUACAGUAUGAUGGGGACACAGUUCAUGUUUCUUUCGUUGUCAUUAAGGUCAAUUCAUUUUGGCAUUACGAUCACAGCAGUGUUGAUCUUGUGAUAAAAGGACCUACUGGCGAGCUGAUUCAAGAUUUUCAUGAUAGGACAAGUGAGAAAUUUGAGUUUAAAAUUCAAAGGAAAGGGCUAUAUCAAUUCAGUUUCUCUAAAAAGUCUCCCUACCAUGGAACUAUUGACUUUGAUGUACAUGUUGAUCACUUCACAUACUUUGAUCAGCAAGCAAAAGAUGAGCAUUUCGCCCCCUUGCUGGAACAGAUAGCAAAGUUGGAGGAAGCCCUUUACAACAUCCAAUUUGAACAACAUUGGUUAGAGGCUCAGACUGAUCGCAAGGCAAUAGUUAAUGAUGCAAUGAGCCGGAGAGCAGUACAUAAGGCAGUGUUUGAAUCAGCAGCACUCAUUGGGACUAGCAUCCUCCAAGUCUACCUUCUGCGCCGCUUAUUUGAACGAAAACUUGGGACAUCCAGGGUUUAG